AAAAUCAGAAGGUGUUCCCGUUCAACACACGACCUGGACAACACUGGCACUUUCAAAACUAGCUCAACUGCGGCUACGUCAAAACUGCUACAAAAGUCAAACUGAAGUUGGUUUCGUUCUCGCACUUCCUCCGUGUUCUCGCAUGUCUCUUGUCGGAGCAACACUGCGCUCAUUCAGUUGUGAAACCUGUGAAACAGUCACUUCUAAAAACAUCAUUCUCGUCUCAGGAGGCACGACUUCAAUGUGACAGCGAUGGAUAACCCUCGAGGCAGUGCCGACAAUGUGGAGGACUGCAGCUUGGACGGAUUUGUGGAGAAGCAUUUGGCACUCCUGGAACUGGAGCGACAAGAGGAAGUGGAACAAAAUGCCAAGCUGCAGGAUAAGUAUUCGCUCAAGGAACUCCAGAGCAAGGGCCUCUGCAUCACGAAGCUAGUUCUGGACUGCGCCCACACCGGCUUGUACGGACGGAGUGUCUGCAAAUUUCGAUCGUGUCACCAUGGAGCGCCGCUGCCCUGCCACGGCUUUUCUAACGGUGAUAUUGUUGGCGUGGUGGUGGCAAGUGAUGCAACCAGAGAAGUUAUCUGCUCAGGCGUCGUUUCCAGUGUCACAUCCACGAAUAUCACUCUUGCAUUUGACGAAGGUCGGGACACACUCGACGCCGACGAUGGACGCAUCUUCAACUUGCUCAAGCUUGCCAAUGACGUCACCUACAGGAGGCUAAAAAGGACACUGGAAAAGCUCCGUAAAACCAGGGAAACAAGGUAUUGCAACCUCAUUGAGAUUCUGUUCGGUACAGUGUCUUCAACUGAAGCACCAAUAACGACCUCCCAGAAGCCUAUCGAGUUUUUCAACAAGGACCUGGACGAAUCACAGCAGGAGGCAGUGGCCUUCUCCCUGAAGCAGAAGGAGCUGGCCAUUAUCCACGGUCCACCAGGGACUGGAAAGACGACAACCUUGGUGGAAGUCGUACUCCAGUGUUCCAUGCAAGGCUCAAAGGUGUUGGUGUGCGCCCCUUCGAACGUUGCCGUUGACAACCUGGUGGAGAGGCUGCUGUGCACGUCAUUGAAGGUUGUGCGCCUCGGUCACCCAGCACGCCUUCUUCCAGCCAUCGCUCGGCACUCCCUCGACGCCAUCUUGGCCAGAUCAGACGACUUUGGCAUCAUCGGAGACAUCCGCAAGGAGAUCGACGGGCUGAUGUUCUCGUCUGCCAAGAGCAAGGCCAAUGACAAGGGAUAUCAGACACGUGGCAAGCUGUCGGAGCUACGCAAGGAACUCAAAGAUCGUGAGCGCAGGGCCGUGGGUCGUAUUCUCGCCAAUGCCGACGUGGUGCUGUCUACACUGACCACAGCCUCGGACGACGGACCACUAAAGAACCUGCCCCAGGGCCACUUCCAAGUAGCCAUCAUUGAUGAAUGCUCACAGGCCCUGGAAGUUGCCUGCUGGAUGGCUCUUUUUCGAGCACCCAAGUGCAUUCUUGCGGGAGACCACCUACAGUUACCCCCGACCAUCGUCUCUGAAGUCGCGGCCAAAGGAGGCCUGGAGGUGACGCUGAUGGAGCGUGCUAUGCGCCUGCACGGCGAGGCUGUCGUUCGUAUGCUGCUGACACAGUACCGCAUGCACGAGCUCAUCAUGCGCUGGUCGUCUGACCGCCUCUAUGGUGGACGGCUGCUGGCACAUCCCUCGAUUGCGGCACAUUUGCUCAGGGAUCUUCCUGGAGUGGAAGACAACGAUGACACUGCACUGCCACUUCUUCUCAUCGACACGGCUGGUUGCGGAAUGGUCGAACUGGACACUCCGGACGACGAGUCCAAGGGAAACGAAGGGGAAGCUGACCUUCUGGCAAUUCACGUCAAACGGCUAGUCUCGAGCGGUGUUCCAGCGUCCGAAAUCGCCGUGAUCUCACCUUAUAACCUUCAGGUGGAGCUCAUCAGGCUUCGACUCUCUGCCCGGCAUCCUGGCUUGGAGAUCAGCUCGAUCGAUGGUUUCCAGGGUCGUGAAAAGGAGGCCGUAGUGAUGUCCUUUGUGCGCUCCAACAACACAGGAACUGUCGGUUUCCUUGCCGAGGAUCGGAGGAUCAAUGUGGCGGUGACGAGGGCAAGGCGCCAUCUGGCUGUCGUGUGCGACAGCACUACCAUGUCGAGGCAUGACUUUCUGAAGUCACUCGUCGACUACAUUGGCAAUGAAGGUGAAGUGCGAAGUGCACGGGAGUACACAUCCGACCUAGAGCUGUGCUCAUCCACACUAAGGCCUACCAGCUUGCGGGAGAGAGAAGUGAACAAGCCAGCCAACAAGCUCAAGUCAAGGUUACAGCAGCAGCCAUCGCAAAAAUCUCAAAAUGUUCACGACAUAGUUUCGAGGCAAGCCUGCCAGCAAAAAGGUGCUCAACGCUCUCAAAGGACCAUGGAGAAGCCAACAGAACCAUCUCCGUGGGAAGCUGUGGUCAAGGGCUUUGCAGACUCUGCAGCAAAGCAGCAUUCACUUCCGAGCUCACUGACUGCCUAUGAGAGACGCAUAGUCCAUGAGCUUGCUGAAAAACUUGGCCUGCUUCAUGCCAGUGAGGGUGCUGACGACCAACGGCACAUUGUGCUAAAAAAACCCACUCAGCAGAAAACACAAACUGCAGCACCUUGCCCUGUGCGUGAGAGAAAGAACUCCCGUGGCGCAGUAUUGAAAGACAACGCGGAUGCUUCAAAACCUGCUGCCGCCACGGCAGAAGGGUCACAAGGCUCAUCCAACGAGCAGACCGUGUUGGCAUGCUCAAGAGUGCCAGAGAUAAAAAUGCAGAUGCAGAAAAAGAAGAAACCUACGAAGCCACUGACCGGUGAUGCAAAGCAAAACGAAGAAGAAGAAAACUUUGACCAACUUAUUGCAAACAUUAUGAAGUUGGACAGGACGUGCUCUUUCGCGAAGUGUGGGGAAAAGCUGCACACGGCACUUGCUGGCAUAGGUGGACCGUGUCCUUUUUGCAGACGCGGAUUCUGUUUCAAGCACGCCUUGCCGGAAGAGCACGGCUGUGGUGAGGAAGCCUGCAAACAGGCCCGGAUAGCCUGGCACCGCUCCAAGGGAGGCACCAUGGCACCGAGCUACGUCAAGCAGGAAAAAAGGGCACAAGCACAGAAGGCGCUAGACAAACGACUCGCCCAGAUGGCCGAGUCUAGGAAACGGCAGACGAAAAAGUGAUGCAUCUGCUCAGUGUGAUGUAGUAAAGUUGUACCUAGAUCUCCUGCCAGACGCUCUUGUUGCACCCAAAUGGUCAGCCACAUCAGCAUGCUUGUGAGAGUUUCAUAGACAGGUGAUGUUUUUGCUAGUUUCAAGGGGCACAUUAAAUGUUGUGAAACAAUGUAAGCAAAUAUCAUUGCAUUGCUUGGAACAGUUUCAUGCUGUUGAAAUUUUUGUGCAUUUUCUUUAGUUCAGACAUAAAAACGUUCCAAUCAGCACAUGUGGCAUUCAAUUGCUGACGUUAUAGUGUCAAACUUAUGGGCACAAGCUCAGUCCUAUUUAUUUUGACUACCAUUUUUCUCACAUGAAUGAAUAGUACGGCCAUGGAGAUCACAAAUCAUGGGAUGUAUUGAAAUUGAUCAGCCUUUAACGGACCUCCAUAAAUUCCUCGAUAUUAAAAAGUUUUUCUACUCUCCGCUGCUCCACAUAAUCACAUGUAUUUGCGACCUCUAUGUAACAAAGUAACAGCGAGAGAUAUCCUUGAUAAAAUGAAUUUUCACCUCGGACAAUUUAGAAAUUUCGCCCGGGAUUUUGUCAUUUAGGAUGCAUCUACUGUGGUUGUCCCGCCACCGAUGAAAUGCAAAGCGGCGGCAACGUGCACCGUGCGCUUGUGGCCUGGGCCUGGCGACUCUCAUGUGAGAGCAAACGAUCGUUAUAGCACGCGGCACGGGUGUGUGCGAAGCAGGCCUGUGCUCCACGUGCCAGCAUUGACGACAAUCUUGCCGCUGCGGGCGCAUGCACAGAUGUGCCCCCCCUCUUUCUCCAAACAAAAAAAUGGCUUUUGUGUUGGCAGUGCCACCCUUCUAUUGCAGCAGGAGAGCUGCACUUUAAGUGACACAGGUGACGCCACUUUGCAUUGUUACGCUUCUAGUUAGCAUCACAUAUGUGAAACGUCAAUUGUGCUUGCAGUGCAGGCUAUCCUAUUUCAUGAAUAUUAUAUAUAUAUUCUCCUACGAUACAGCCGUCACGUCGGGUUAACAUCAAUUGUAGUUAGCUGCCAUGUGCUGAAGUUGAGGGCUACUGUCCUCGCAAGCACCAGCGCUUCAUAUCAGCUUAUCGCUUCUGGUGUUGUUAGUACUCAUGUUCCUGAUGGCGUCGUUGCACAAGUGCAAACUGCUUUUGUAAACAUCUCCAACUGUUCAACUGUAUAAACACCUCCGACUGUCUGUACGUGCAACGUGUGUGCAUAUAUUUAGUGUCAUUUUAUAACCUGUUGCUCAAUAAAAAAAAAGUACAACACAA